UGCCCCAGAAAAGAGCUCUGCCUUCCCAGGACUCCCUCCUUUCCCAGGAGAAGAGUGCAGAAGGAGAAGUGUCCGCUCUGAGACUCACAGCCAAGUCCCAGAACCCAUCUAGAGACCUGAGUUCUAAUUCCAAGAGACUAAUGGACUUGGUAGGAAACACUUUCUGCUUAUUCAUAGGCACCUCUCUUCUCCAUCUAGUACUUUGUCUCCCUACAGGCAGGUGGGCCACAUUUCUCCCCCCUCCCCUGCUAUGCUAAUUUCUGUAUGUGGUCAUGUGGAAAGCUGUUUUAAGGGAACAGUACAUACAUUUCUCUGUGGGGAAACAGCACACCUGUGAUGGUACAUGGGAACUUAGGAAACAUCUUAAAUGUGGAAGUGAUUAGAAUAAUAAUCUAGGCUCUGAAGACUUCAAAGCUUGGGGAUAGGAAGCGGUCCUCCCUGGGGAUGAAUCUGGAGCAUUAGGUCUAGUUUCCUCCCGCUUUGAAGGCGUAGGCUUAUUGUUUUGUCCCUCCCACAAAGAGCAAGUGUGUCAAGGGAGAACUAUGGGAUACACAAUGGGUGGUGGUUACACUAAUUACUGUGUUCGUUUUGCGUUAUUCUACCAGAGAUUCCUGUCAGCCUCCGCUGGAUGUUAAUGCUUGUAGAAAUGACUUGUGGCUUUUUUUGUACUUUUCUCAACUGCGCUGUGAGUCUCGCAGACUUUACCAACCCAAGAGACUUCAGUGAAGGCUGAAGAUACUCAUCUUAAACUGGCUUGUGCAAAGAGAGGUCUUUAUUGACCCACCCAACUGAAAGUGCAAGUUUAGUUAAGGAUUUAGGCCAUAACACGGAGAGCCGGCUUGUCCAUUUUGUUAACCUUUUCCAAAACUCUACGAGGUUUGCUCUUAAACAGGCUUUUCUUCUGGAACCCUCAUCAAACAGGCGUAGGCUUGUGUCUUCAAGGUUGAAGGCUCGCUGUUCCCCCAGUUCUGGGAUGACUUCUAGCAGUGUAUAAGGUCUUCUCCUACACCGUUGCUGGUGUUGUCCAGGAGGAAUUGUGGAGUAUACCAAUGCACACAUAAGUAGAAACAUUCCAGCCCUGACUCCAAACAUUCCAGCUGCUCUCCACAGGGUUGAGUGGCUCAGCAUGGAGACAGAUAUGAAAAGAAGGGCGGACAGGUGGUACAUUUCAUUAUCUUGAUACCAGAUUAAAGACUGUUAUAUCAUCAUGGUGGAUUGUCUUUUAUGGAUAUUUUUAAAGACUUUCUUUUUUUAAUUUUACUAGAUUUUAUUUAAUGCUAAUAUUGGAACUUUUGUGUUCAGAUCUGGGUUGAUUAAGUUUUUUAAAUCUUUUCUUAGUAGGUUUAGAAAAUAUGUAUAUUAGAUUUAGCUUAAUAAGCAGCACGGAAUAUAGAAAUAUAUAGGUAUGAUAACUUUCCUCCCCAAAUCAGUCCCUCACCUCUUUCUACAGAGAAUCUCCGUGUGAUGUGUGUUUUUCUAUAUUUUGCUGAGUUUAGAGUACUGUCCAGAGGACUCUGAACAAAGUCUGUUUGUGUCUUAGGAAACCAUGACAUUCAAGGAUGUGGCCAUGGACUUUACACCAGAGGAGUGGGGGAAACUGGAUCCUGCCCAUAGGGCCGUGAUGCUGGAGAACUACAGGAACCUGGUCUCGCUUUGGCUUCCCGUUUCCAAGCCUGAUAACUAUAAUUUGGAUGAUGGAAAAGAACUAUUGAAACUUGAGAAAAAAUCUCCCAAAGGCACUCACUCAGAUGUGGGAAUUAGACCUGAAAGCAAGGAUUCAACUUCAGUGCAAGAGUUUUCCACAGAAGAAUCAAACCAGGUUACAAGAGCAGAAAAACAGACACGAAAUACCGUUUCUGACUGCAGCUUGGAAGCAGCUCAUGAUGGAGAACACUGGGUAGAGCGUCAGCAAGGAAGCCAGGAAAAGCACUUAACACAAAUGUUCACUCACCUGAACUCACUCCCUGUGGAAAAGCAUCGUGAACAGGAUAUCUAUUGGGAAAAUGACAGUCAGAAAUCUCUCCUGAUGACCGAGGAGAGAAUUCCUCAAGGGUCCUAUGACUUUCAGACACUUGGGAGAAGAUUGAAGCAGAAAUCAAGUUUAAUGAAAAAGCAGAGAGCUCAUAAAGAAAAAAAGCCUCAUAAAUGCGUUGACUGUGGUGAGCUCUUCACAUACCACUCUGUCCUCAUUCGACACCAGCGCGUUCACACUGGGGAGAAACCCUACACCUGCGGUGAAUGUGCCAAGUCCUUUAGCCACAGAGCCAAUCUAACUAAGCACCAGAGAACACACACUAGAAUUCUUUUCAAGUGCUGUGAAUGCAAGAAAACCUUCCUGGAAAGCUCAUCCCUCGCUGUCCAUCAGCGAAUUCACGUUGGAGAGAGACCGUACGAGUGCAGCGAUUGCGGGAAAGGUUUUAACCGGAGCACACACCUCGCCCAGCAUCAGCUGAUUCACACUGGGGUGAAGCCUUAUGAAUGUAACGAAUGCGAUAAAGCUUUCAUCCAUUCGUCAGCACUCAUCAAACAUCAAAGAACUCAUACUGGAGAGAAGCCCUAUAAGUGUCAAGAGUGUGGGAAAGCCUUUAGUCAUUGCUCGUCCCUUACGAAGCACCAGAGAGUUCACACCGGAGAAAAACCCUAUGAGUGUAGCGAGUGUGGGAAGACGUUCAGUCAGAGCACGCACCUCGUUCAGCACCAGAGAAUUCACACUGGAGAGAAGCCCUAUGAAUGUCAUGAAUGUGGGAAAACAUUUAGCCGGAGCUCAAAUUUUGCCAAGCAUCAAAGAAUUCAUGUUGGAAAGAAGCCCUACAAGUGUGGUGAGUGUGGGAAAGCCUUCAUUCAUUCGUCAGCUCUGAUUCAGCACCAGAGAACUCACACUGGAGAGAGGCCUUUUAGAUGUAAGGAGUGCGGGAAGAGCUUUAAGUGCGGUUCAUCCCUCAUCCGACAUCAGAGAAUUCACACUGCAGAGCAACCCUGAGAUCUUACUGACUGUUAAGAACUGUAAGUUGGCUUUAUCACUGUGUUUAAUAUUUGAAUAUUUAAAUGGAAGGUCCAUGAAAGGACCCUUGGGAACUUUUGUAUAUGUAAAUGAUUUCACACGUCCAGUGUAUGAAUUUGAACAACAGAUAAUGAAAACCUCUGGAUCUCA